AUCCAACCACAACCCAGCGCAUCAUCGCAGCGGCGGCAACUCGUCGGAGCAAGCAAAGCAAAGCAAAGCUAGCACCUUCCUUCUCACGACAAGCUAAUACCAAGCCCGAUCGAUUGACAUGGCCGAGAGGACGAACGCGAUGGCGGCGCCGCGGCCGCUCCUGCGCCGGAUGCUCUCGUUCCGGGAGCCGCUCCUGGUCAUCCCGUACCUGCUCAGCUUCCUGGGCGCCGCGGCCUCGGCGCUGGCGCGCAGCCACUCGUCGCUGCUGCACUCGCUCGCCAGGGCGCUGUUCCCGGCCGCGCCUGCCGCCGCCAACGCCAAGCACGCGCCGCCGCCUGCCGCUGCCGCUGCCGCUGCCGCCGCGGCGCCCCUGGACGGCGAGGACGCCGCGCUGAGCAAGGCGGAGGUGGAGGCCAUCAUGGCUACGAUCGGCCUCGCGGCGGCCGGGAAAGGCGAGGGCCUCGCGGCCGCCAUGGGCCGCGACGAGGUGUCCGCGCUCUUCGACGCCGACGAGCCCAGCUUCGCCGAGGUGCGGGGCGCCUUCGCCGUCUUCGACGCCGACCGCGACGGCUUCAUCGGCGCCGAGGACCUGCAGUGCGCCCUGGCGCGGCUCGGCGUCAGGCAGGACGCCGCCGCGUGCCGCGCCAUGGUCGUCGCGGCCGGCGGCGGCCGGGACGCCCGGAUGAGCCUGUUCCAGUUCGUCAGGUUCCUCGAGAACGGCCUGUGCUGAAGCCACAGAGGGGGCAGAGAAGCUGUCCCUUCAUUUUUUUUCUUCUUCUUCGUUCUUCUUCGUUUGCCUCGGCUGCUCGUGGCAGGAGAUGAGACAGUGCACCAUUCGGAGAGGUGUUCACUGGCUGGCGCGCGUGUGUUUUUCCCUCCUGCCAUGAGCUUUGGGGGUGGACUCAACUGUGCAGCAAUUAACGCACUAAUUCCCAAACUAAGAACUACUAUGAUUUAAUGGAACUAAUUUGCCGGUUGCAAACA